AUGAUUAAGAGAAUAUUUUAAGCCCAACAUAACUCCAAACAGAAUAGAGUAGCCCAUAGAAUUCUAUACUUAAAAAUAAAAAAUAAAGUUAGAUUAUAUUUUCAAAUUGUUUUACUUUAUCUCCAAAUUUAAAAAGUAUCAACGAAAAAAAAUUUAUCGAAACUCAGUCUAUAAAUGAGUAACGCUGUUGUUAAAUUUAAAUUAUAAGAAGAAAUUAAUCUUUACAAAGUCGUAUUAACUUGUAAGAUAAGAUAGAUAAAUUAAAUGCUCUUCAAAGUAAACACAUUUCUAAUCUAGCGAUGCAAAAGAUUAUAAAAAUAAAUAAAGUUUCAAAUGUAUCAAAAGAAAUUUAAUUUGGAUUCAACAGUAAAAGGAAGAAGAUGGUUUAAGACUAAAUCACAAAUGAUCUUAAUAUUUUUUAGCUCUACAAAGAUAUUUUAUUUUUGA